AUGUCCAAGGCCCUCCGAGGACGCGUCUUCGACCUGUGGCGCCACUUCCAGGCGCUUCCCACCAAGUUCCAAGGCGAUGUAGACCUCAUCCAGCCCUCCUCUGCCUUGCCCAAAGUAUCUGGCGACUCUCUGCUGCGUGUCAUUGGCCAGAAACUAGAGCAGGAGCCCGAAGCUACCUACACUGUACAAGUUGCCGGUGGCCUGGUGCAGAGCGGCUUUUUGACGCCUACAACGGACUCGAAGCUGCUCCAGAGCUUUGAUUUCGAGAGUAAAAACUCGGAGUUCAUUGGAGUUGGCAAGGGACUCGCCCCUGAUGAAGUGAAAUCGGUCUGGAGCGUCAGGGAAGGAACAAUCCAGGCUGGCGCAUUGCACCGGAAGAAGGAGGGAUUUCUGGCCAAGUUUUUUGGCGGCCAGGAACUGUGUUACGUCGUGGCCAAUGACCAGAACAGGACUGUGUACAUCUUUGACUCUGACGUGGCCUUCAGCCCACGUGAUGAAAUGGAUGUGGCGACCGAUGCGACGGUAGAGUUUAGUGAGGAACUCAAGCACGGCAUCAAGCUGGCCAACCCCAAGGCCACGGAGGUGUUCGCGGCCGAGAGCAAGGAGAAGCAGGAGGAGUGGCUCAACUCGUUCAUCAACGCCGGCGCGCAGUACCGCGAGGUGUUCAACGUGGCCGACACGGCCAAGAUCAAGUCGUUCUACGAGCUCAAGGACUUCGACAUGGCUGGCAACGAGGUGUCCAUGGCCAAGUACAAGGGCAAGGUGGUGCUGGCCGUGAACGUGUCGAGCAAGUGCGGCCUGACGCCCACGAACUACCCGGAGCUGCAGGAGCUGUACGCCAAGUACAAGGACGAGGGUCUGGAGGUGCUGGCGUUCCCGUGCAACCAGUUCGCCGGCCAGGAGCCGGGCACCCACGAGGAGAUCAUGGAGUUCGUGAAGCAGUACAAUGUGACGUUCCCGUUCUUCGAGAAGCACGACGUGAACGGCGCGACGGCUCGGCCGGUGUUCACGUACUUGAAGACGAAGCUGCCGGGCUCGUUCGGCGACUUUGUGAAGUGGAACUUCACCAAGUUCCUGGUGGACCGCAACGGCCAGCCGUACAAGCGGUUCGCCCCGAAGGACCGUCCGCUGUCGUUCGAGGAGGACAUCAAGACGCUGUUGGCGCAGAAGGCUUCGGAAGAGUAA